AUGGCAAACUUCUUUCUUUUAAACCAUGCUACUGGCGACAGGGAUAUCGUAGAGUACAGCGUUUGGCAAUUGACAGUCCCAGAAAGGAAUAAUGCAGCGACAUUUAUCCAGUACACAACGGUCAGGCCGUUUACGUUCAUGGGUUCAACAUUCAAGUGCUUUUACUGCAUGCAGUACCAUUCGGAAGUAGCCAGUUUACUUGAACAUACUUCGACUCAUCAACUCGACGAUAGAAACAUAAUUCUGAACAAAUACAUUCCGAGAGGCAAACGAAUGAUUUUGGUCGAUAUAUCGAUUCUAAAAUGUCGAAUAUGUGGGCAACUCUAUUCCGAUCUGAGCGCGGUCAGACAACAUUUGGAAUUGGAACACGGCAAGGAAUUCUCUCCCGCCAGCAACGGAAUGACAGAAUACAAGAUGGAGAUUAAUGAUGGACUGUUUACAUGCCAUAUUUGCGGAAAUACCUAUCACAAUUUUUCACUCUUGAACACGCAUAUGAAUUGUCAUGUUGGUAAAGUAGUAUGCGAGAGUUGUGGAGCUGGUUUCUUGAAUCAGCACCUCUUGUUGAAACACAAGGAAUCGCACAUGUCAAAACGCUUUAAUUGCAAAUACUGCGACAGAGUCUUCUUCAAAAAAAGCCAAUUGAAAUACCACACCGAGAUCGUACACAAAGGCAAGGACAGGGUAAAACUUAAAAAAUGCCAACACUGUACCCAAACAUUUAAGGAGCACUAUAGCAAAAUGAUGCAUCUAAAAGAGGUGCACGGUAUUAUGAAAUCAUUUCUAUGUCAUAUUUGUAAAGUUGACUUUGGCACACGGCGCGCUCUGACCGAGCAUACGACUAAGUACCACACGGAAAAGUUCAAAUGCGAAGUGUGCUCUAAGUGUUUCGGUAUUGAGUCCAAAUUGAAACAGCACAUGCGGGGGCAUAUUGGAGAGAGGAAUUUUAUGUGUCCAAUAUGUAAGAAUGCAUACAUGCACAAAAUUUCACUGAAGAAGCACAUGCGCAACCAUGACACGGUAGACAAAAUAGUUUGGUCUGUUGUUCCCGAUAUGUGA